AUGAGCCUGAGGACUGUGUCUCAUGGGGACCUUCAGAACUUGUCUCUGUCAAAGCUUCCAGCAGCCUCAGACAGCAGUAUGUUCAAGUCCAACUCUGUCAGCAGCAAUAUGGGGAGCAGAUUUGGAAAGGAGAGCAUGGAGGAGAUCAAGGGAGUGUCUAAACCGUCUCAUCCUCCUCGAAGGCCUGUGAGAGCAGUGAGGCCGGUGAGUGCUCUCAGUGGCUCUUUCCUUCAGAUUAACCACCUGCAAGGAGAGCUGGUACGCAAGAGAAAGGAAUGUGAGGACCUAAAGAAGGAAAACAAAUACCUAUCUAGUGAGAUUCACAUGGAGAGAAUCGUGAUGAGAACUGAAAGUGAGCUUUCCAUGAGGAACCUUAGAAACCUCAACCAGGAACUACAGGCACAAGUUAAAGAGUUAAAACAGAAGCUGCACCUAAACCAGCAGAGAGCAACUAUGUGCUCGAGGGCAGUGGAGGAGGCUGACAUGUCACGAAGUGAAGCAGAAAAGAACCGAACACUAGCAGAGGCUCGAGCACUAGAGAGCAAAAUAGAGAGAGAUGCAGCACUGGGAGACAAAGACCAGCUCACUGAGGAGUUGCACAGUUUGAGUAAAGAGCACAAAAACUUGCAGCUGCUUCUGGCACAGACUGAAAAGAAUUACUUUGAGGCCAUGCUGAAACUGGAAAGGGUCUCUGGAGAGAAACAGUUUCUCUUGAAGGAUAACAAGAGCCUGGAGGACGAGAAGAACACACUACGUCAGAAAAACAAAGAGCUGACUGACGAGAAUGCAAAAGUCAAAGAAAAGGAGGCGUCAUGGAGACGCAAGGCUGCCGCUGCCGAAGAGGAGAGCCAGAGAGCCAUUAAAGAGCUACAACAGGCUGAGCACGAGAGUAGACUGUCCAAAAGAGAUAAAGACAAAUCAGUUAGUGAGUGUCUUAGCUGGCGGGAAAAACACCAAGCUCUAGCAGACAUCUUCAGAGCACAGGAGGACCUGAUAUCACAGAGGCAGAAUAAAGCUUGUCAAGCAAACAUUAAAAGCUAUUUUCUUUGUAUGACUGAAAGUGACCAGAAAAUUAAGAUCCUGAAGAACUAUGAUGGAACUCCAAGGAACUUCAUGGAGGGAGAUCCUGUGUAUAUUUCAACAGCCAGUGAUGAGGAUUCAGAAAAGUCCUCAGGAAGGACACUUCUCAGGGUUGCAGCUCCUACAGCAGGAAGAGACUCUGGACCAGCUCACUUUAGUGAACUAUCAUCAACAGGAGUGGAUAUUUCUGACAGCAACGCCAGGAGGAGAAGUCGAAAAGUGGUUGACUACUUUUGGAUUCCCACUGAUCAAGAAUAGUCUGUUAUUAGUGGCUUGAGAAUUUCAAAAUACACAAAUAAUAAAAAAAAAAACCAAGCCAAGAUCACGCACCAGCAUAAACAUGUAAAAAUUGUACAAUUAAAAACCGGUUUUAGUGUGUUAUUAGGGGUAUUAUAAGUUGAUUAUGUCACACUUUACAAGCCCAUAAUUUGUGGCAGACACCGUCAUCCUCAUGUUUGCUCCAACUUAAAUUUUAGGAUUAAAAUAGAUUGCUGACAAAGAGAAUGACAUCCCUUUUUUUUUUUUUUUAAAUCAGCAAAAUGUGUAGAAUUCUGCAACAUUGUUAUGCAAGGACUGAAUCAUAAAGCAGCCCUGAAGCUUUCUACAGCACUCAAAACAGGAAGCACACACUUUUUGGUCAUCAAUUCCAUUUACUGAAACAGUAGAGUAGCAUACAGAGCACUAAAAACCUUACCAUGACAUGACCGUUAGUUAUAUACUCUUACAUAGACAAAGUCACAAACACCUCAGAGAAAGUAAUGGUGGGAAAUCAAUGCAAGUCAAAUAAAUUUAACACUUGUCAGUAACAGAUUUCCUGUGAAUUACUUAGUGACAAGGGCAAAAAACUUUCACUUACUCUUAAUACAAAUAGGAGACCGAUGCUUCAUCUUUACUUUUAAUGUUUAAAAUGUUCAAGAUUAAAAAGAUUUGCUUUGUUGGAAUUUUGUUUGGAGUAGGCAAUAACAGGCUACUGCAGAACAUUUACUAUUGCAACACUGAAUGGUGCCUAUAAAAGGCAUUACUUAUCAAUCCCAGAGUCAAAUUCUUAAGUUGACACAAAUGCAUGAAAACAAGGACAUGAACUGUCACCAUUCAGAUUUCUACUUUUCUUCCCAACACUCACAGUAUUCAAUAAACAUUAAAGCUUUACUGCAGAUCCUGGAAAUAAGUAGUGUGUUGUACAU